AUGGAUCUAACUGUCUUUCUAGCUCUUACUUUAUGUAUAACAUGUUGCAAUGUUGAGGCCAGAAACAAGACUUUACUAAAUGGAGAAAUUAAUUUUACUCUAUCUGGUAGUUCCAUGCAUCAAGUGAACAAUGAUUUUGACUGUGUGGAUAUCUACAAGCAACCAGCUCUACAACACCCUUUACUAAAAAAUCACAAAAUUCAGCUUUACCCAACCUUUGCAAAGAACAUCACGCAAAGUAGAGCAUCUUUUGGUAAAACUAUGGAUGCAUGCUCACCAGGAAAAGUACCUAUUUACAACAAGACACAAAUACAUGAAACUAUUACUAGUUCAUCUUCAAGGUUACAUACAGACAAUAUUAAGCAAUAUUCUAAAAACUCUGGGAGCUAUCAUACGGUAACUCUUGACACAACCCAAAACGUGAUAUUUCGCGGAGCAUCCGCAGGUAUAGGUGCAUAUAAUUUAUCGCUUCAAGCAAAUCAAUUCAGUUUAUCUUCUAUAUGGCUAGAAAGUGGACCCUCAAUGGAACUUAAUAGCAUAAAAGUCGGACUCGGGGUUCAUCCUCAUUUAUACGGAGACAAUCAAGUACGAUUAACAGGUCAUUGGACGGCAGAUGCUUUCAAAAAAACUGGAUGUUACAAUACUCUUUGCUCGGGUUUUGUGCAAGUUAAUCAUAAUAAAGAAUAUGCUCUUGGAUCUGUUAUACAUCCUGUUAGUUCAAUUGGAUCAACAACAAAAGUAUAUGGUCUUAUCAAAAUUAAACAGGACCGAUCUACCGGUCAUUGGUGGUUAAUUAUUCAAGAUGAAGCAAUCUAUACAGGAUAUUGGCCAAAAGAAUUAUUCACUCACUUAAGAAAAGGAGCAUCUUUAAUAAGGUUUGGUGGUCAAACAUAUGCCCCGCCUAAUAAGGAUAAUCCUCCCAUGGGUAGUGGGAGACUACCUAAAGAAAAACUAAAAAACUCAGGAUUCAUGGGAUUACUAGAGAUUAUUGAUUCGGAAUAUAAUGAACGUGACAUUAAACCCGAAGAUAUGAAGAAGUAUACAAAUAGUAAUUCAAAUUGUUAUGAUUUGGCAUAUCGUGGUUAUGAAGGAUCUGUAUAUCGACAAGCUUUUCUUUAUGGCGGGCCAGGAGGACGAAAUUGCAAUAUAUGA